ACUGACUGGUCUGUCCUGAUAAGGCACAGACAUAGCAUUCUCAUACUGGGCUUGUGCAACAGAGCUCACAUAUCAACCUCAAGCUCCGCCCGUCCUGUUCUCUCUACCGAUAAAAUCGAACAAACUAGCAGGCGUGACGGGAACUUUUCUCGCAGUGUUUACAGGACAGGCUCUUCCACGUUUCACCCUGUUGUGUCUGCACCAGGUCUGCACAUCUAACAACAACCUGCAGUAACAGCGUCCCACAGAGAUAGAGACUGAUGCGGUGCGUUCAUGUUUCUGUGACUGCGCCACCUAACGUAACCAAACUGGACAAGGUAAAAUGGAAUGCUGUGGACUACUUACUGCCCAGAAGGAACCAGUUCCCCUGAAGAGCAUUGAGGUGGAGCUGGAGGUGAGGGACCAUGUGGCGACAGUGGUCUCCACUCUGAACUACGAGAACAAGGAGGACAAACCUCUGGAGGCUGUUUUCGUCUUCCCUCUGCCUGGAGACGCUGCUGUCUGUCACUUCAGUGCUCAGAUUGGACAGACAAAGAUUGUAGCUGAGGUGAAGGAGAAACAGAAGGCUCGUGAGGAUUAUGAUGAUGCGCUGAGCUCCGGUCAGCAGGCCUUCCUGUUUGAGGAGAGCGAGCAGAGUCCAGAUAUAUUCACUCUGAGUGUGGGCAGUCUGCCUCCAGGAGAGAGCGCCUCCGUCAGGCUGGAGUACGUCACUGAGCUGGCUGUGCAGGCGGAUGACGGGCUGAGGUUUUGUCUGCCUGCUGUGCUCAACCCUCGCUACGAACCUCAGGGUUCUGAAGGUGCUGGUGUGCAGGUGACCUCUGUUCCAGCCUCUCUGGUUCCCUACAGUCUGUCGUUUUCUGUCCGAGUGUCAUCUCCUCGUCCAAUCUCCAAAGUCGAGUCCAGCUGCUCUCUGGAGCCUCUCCAGUACGUCAACACAGAGCAGACCCAGGCCACUGUCAAGUUGGCUGCAGGACACAAGUUUGACAGAGAUGUUGAGCUGCUGAUUUAUUACAGAGAUGCUCACAAGCCCACUGCUGUGGUGGAGGCAGGACAGCCGUCUGCCAAACCAGGGAGUCUGAUGGGCGAUCCAGUCCUGAUGCUGAGCCUGUACCCUGAGUUCCCCCAGUCUGUGAUGUCUUCUCUUGCCUCACGUGGAGAGUUUGUGCUCCUACUGGAUCGAUCUGGGAGUAUGGAUUGUCCAACGAGUAAUGACAAGCAGCAAGAAACUCGAAUUGCCAGUGCCAGGGAUACUCUACUGCUCCUGUUGAAGAGCUUGCCAAUGGGUUGCUACUUCAACAUCUACAGUUUCGGCUCCAGCUUUGAACACAUCUUCCCAAAGAGUGUGGAGUACAGUGAGAAGAACUUAGAAGAGGCUCUGAAGAAAGUCGAAGCGAUGCAGGCGAAUCUGGGAGGAACAGAGAUCCUUGAACCCAUCAAACACAUUUACAGCCAGCCCUGCAUUCCUAAUCAACCUAGACAACUUUUUGUCUUCACUGACGGAGAAGUUUUCAACACGAAAGAAGUGAUUGAUCUGGUGAAGAAGUAUUCAGGUUCCCACAGGUGUUUCUCUUUUGGGAUCGGGGAUGGGGCCAGCUCUGCUCUUAUCAAUGGGUUGGCCAAGGAAGGAGGAGGUCACGCUCAGUUCAUCACAGGGGCUGAUAGGAUGCAACCUAAAGUGAUGCAGUCUCUGAGAUUUGCUCUCCAGCCAGCAGUGGAGGACAUCUCAGUCACGUGGGAUUUACCAAAGGGAGUGUCUGUCACUGUUCUCUCCCCAACAAUCACAACCAUUUUCCAGGGUCAGCGCUCACUGAUUUAUGCGCAGCUCAGUGGACAGAGUUCAAAGGCAGCAGAGGGCGGUGUGACGGUGAAGUACAGCCUGGCAGGUUGUCCCUCUGAGAACAAGCUAGACUUCUCUCUCAAACCUGCUGAGGACACUGGAUUAACAGUCCACCGGCUAGGUGCUCGAUGUCUGAUUCGUUCCCUGGAGAUGGAAGAAAGAGAUGGCGAGGGACAGCAUGAUGAGGGGGUGAAGGGGAAGGUGGUGGAGCUCAGUGUCCAAUCAGGAGUGAGCAGUUCCUUCACAGCCUUCAUUGCUGUCAACAAAGGCAACUAUGAGCCGAUUCAAGGACCUCUGAUGCGCAGAGCUAUACCAACACCACGGAUGUAUUCGAUGGCACCCAUGGCCAUGAGUUGCUGUUUAAUGUCUGCACCUGCUUAUAUGUCCUUUGACUGUGGCCAGACUCUCCAAAGUGCAGAGUUCGAAGAAUGUGGUGACAUCUGCCUUGACGAAGACUUCAAUGACGAAGUCACUGAACCAAAACAGCAGCCACCCAGAGACCCUUUGCUGCAGCUGGUCUCCCUGCAGAAGGCGUCUGGCUGCUGGGUGCUUGAUCCGGCUCUGGCUGCUGCUGUGGGAAAGACCAGCGAGGAGGUGGAGAACACAAAGCCUUCAGCUGUGAACCAGGAAGUGUGGGCCACCAUUCUGGCUUUGAUCUGGCUUCAUGGAUUUAAGAUGGAUGCUCAGGAAGAGUGGGAGCUUCUGGCUAUGAAGGCUGUGUCCUGGCUCCGUGCUCAGAACGCACCAAGUGUGGCAGAGUGUGUGGUAGCUGCAAACACACUAUUGGGUUUCAGUGUGCAGACAGACGUCCUGGGGCUCUGAGGAUUUCAUUAAACUGCCUUCCUUUUCUUCUUCUGGAUUAAAAGCAAUGACCAUAGACAUAUACUGUAUACGUAGAGGCCGCAUUGGCCAACUGGCUCAUACCAGCGUCGCGACCAUUUUGGACUGGGAAAGAUUGGCCUGUAAACACACGAAUGUAAGGGGGAUAUCCAUUUGUUGAUAUAAAAAUUACUUUUACAUUUUAAUUUCAACUGAUGUCAACAAUUUGUUUUCAAGGGUUUGUGAUCUACGUGGGUUUUGUCUCCAGUUAUUUAGAAUCAAUAGUUUGACUUGUAGUAUAGGCAAGAAUCAAUAUUUAUUUGAAUAUGGACUAAAAUCUUGGGUUGAAUGUAAAUGUUUUGGUUCCUUUUCUUCUUAAAAAUAUUGGAUGAAAAUCAGCAUAUACCUACCUACCACUUCCACAGAUGUCUGUCUGUCUAUCUGACUGUCUGUCUGAGGGAUGCAUAUCUCUAGAACCGUUCAUCUCAUCGGCUUCCCUCAUCUAUGUCAGCGGACAGCAGCAGUUUCAAUUUCCCUCCAAACAGAUCAUUUUGAUAAUUUGAUAAUUACUUUUUCACAAUAUUGGACUGACACAGAUGUUCCCGGGUGUUGUUGGUGCUGAUCUCCAGUUGGGCAACAACAUUCAUUUUCAUAGAGACACUUUCUUUUCAGUUAUUUUUCUACAAAGUCAAGGUUUGAUUAAUUGCAGCAAUGCUUUAUAUCCAUUGAAACAACAGAGCUUUAGUUUUGAAAAUGUCAGUAAUUCACAUUAUAUUAAAUUUAACGUGGACACACUCCUCUCUGUCUAGCAGUGAUGCUAUCCGAACAAUUGACAUUUUAAUCGAGAAUUUUUUGUUUAUUUUCCACGUAGAUCACAAAACUCAUCAAUACAAAAAGCAGCUCAUUGAAAUCAGCUGGAAUUUCAACCUUAUUGUGUUUUUUUCCCAGACAGACUGCGGCUGGUAUGUGUUAACAGCGCAGUCUUGCCUGGUCCAAUAUGGCGGACGCAUUGACAUAUAAAAGCAGCAGGCAAAAGUGCAUUUCAAAUGUAUAUGUCCACAUAAUCAUGACUGGUAUAAAGGUAUAUUUAUAACCUUUACAUUGUACAUCAUUUUUUGCACUAUCCACUUCAGUUAUAGUGUGUGCUUAAUUGUAUUCACACUAUGCUUCAUCUGAUCCGAAUUGACCAUUUAACAAAACAAAGAAUUGUUCAUCUGUCCUUUUUUUAAAUCAGAAACUCUCAUACUGUAUUAUUAAAGUUGAAUCUCACGGCCUGAAA